AUGAGUUGUGUUGAAGAUCAAAGAGUUAUUUUAUGCCCAUGUACGAUUUGUAGAAAAGUUGGAUUCUUUUCAUCAGAGAAACCAAAAAUUAAAACAACUAGACUUUGUGUUUUAAUACUUCAAUCAUUGAAAGAAAUAAAACCAUUACAAGAUUAUUUUAAUUUGAAAGAUGAUGUUUAUUUAUUUAUUCAACAACAUUGGAAUAUAUUAUCCAAUAUUACAAUAUUUAAGAAACAAAACUGGAAGAAAUCAAUUCUUGAUGCUUUUAAUCAUUGUCCUCAAAUAAAAUCAGGAAAAGAGUUAUUUAAUAACAUAGGAUAUUAUAAAUUAAAAGAUGGAAUUAUAACAUCUAUUAGUGAUGAUACAGAAAUAUUAGAAACUAUGAAUUCAAUAGUAAUGGCUUCUAUUCAAAAUGUUAUUAAUCAAUUAUAUAACAAUUUAUUAAUUUUAAAUAAAUUUGGUAAUGAUUUAAUAGCCCAACAACAUUCAUAUAUUAUGAUGAAUUUAUUAACAUCUCUUUGUAAUUAA